AAAAAACAGGAACCUUUUAUACAUCAAACCAACCAGACAAGUCAACCAAAGAUUCAUGAAACACAAAUUAUAAAUUUAUAUUUAUUUCUUUAUUUAUACAUUUAUAAUUUAUAAUAUAUUCAAAUCCAAUCCAAAUUUAGCCAUAGCUAUAUCUAUAACCAUCAUCAUCAUAUAUAUAAAUCAUUUCGGAAUCCAUUCGGAUUUUCAUCUUCUCACAUUUGCCUCAUAUAAUUUUUCUGUAUUUAUUGAAGCUCAAAUAUUAAUAAAAGGAAACUGUGCUCUAGGGAAUGGCGAACUCCAAGGGGCCUUCAACAAUGAGAAGUAUGAUGUACAAUGGAAAACAUUCAUUACUCCCUCCUAAAAGUCCAUUUCCGAGCAUGGCGCCAUCUUAUGCUGAUUAUGUCUCAAAUUCUGCAAUCGGGCCAAAAGGCCCACCGAAGUAUAGGGAUGUAAACUCUCAUCAUCAACGUACUUCCUCUGAAAGUUUUUUGAUAGAAGAGCAGCCUUCUUGGCUUGAUGAUCUUCUUAAUGAACCUGAAACGCCUGUUAAAAGAGGGCAUCGACGUUCUUCUAGUGACUCAUUUACAUACAUGGAAGCGGCUAAUGCUGCUCACAAUGAAUAUCGAGCACAAAAUGAGUUUAGAAUGAGAAACUUGACUUCUGCUCCUUCAUGGGGAUCUCAAGAGUUUGACUAUUAUAAAGAUUUUCGAAACCCAGCUUUCUAUGCAGACCCACAUGCGCUGAUCAAAAUUAAGAAUCGGACAUGGGACUCAUCACAAAAUGCAUCAACAUAUUCUACUGGUUUAGCUUCUCCUAGGGACAACUUUGUUCUUCAAGGUUCCAUAUCCCCUGGGGCUUCACGAGAGGCUGAUGGUAAUAUUGCCAUUGGAACUGAUAAGAAAGAUGGAGUUGAAUCUUCUCGGCAAGAUGCAGAGUCUCCGGACAGAAAGGAUUGUUCUAGCAACAAGGCUUCAGCAUCGGACCCUGACACAAAACGUGCCAAACAGCAAUUUGCUCAACGUUCAAGGGUCAGAAAGCUUCAGUACAUUGCGGAACUCGAAAAGAACGUACAGGCCUUACAGGCAGAAGGUUCUGAGGUGUCUGCUGAGGUGGAAUUUCUAAACCAGCAAAGUCUUAUUCUGGGGAUGGAGAAUAAAGCUCUGAAACAACGUCUAGAUAAUUUGGCUCAGGAGCAACUUAUCAAGUACAUGGAGCAUGAAGUUCUGGAGAGAGAGAUAGGGAGACUGCGAGCAUUAUAUCAGCAACAGCAACAACCACAACAGCCACCUCCUGGUCACCGGCGCAGUCCUAGUAAGGAUAAACUCGAUCUACAAUUUGCAAAUCUUUCUUUAAAAAAAGAUUCCAGUUCUGCUCGUGAUGCUUCGGGCCCACUCCACAUCUGAAAACAAACAUGAUGAGCCAUGCUGCAUCAUGACUCUUCUAUUUUCCUACAUUUCAUCAUCACAACCACUAAAUAACCAUUCACAGGUUUUACUAGUUUCUUUACCUUUAAGGCUCAUGUUUACUACGUCGGCUGUGUAUCUGGGUUUUAUUCUUUCUGUUUUGCUAAUUAGUAUCUUGGUCUGCACCUGGUAGUCUGGAAAUCUUGUUUCCAACGUGGAGACUUACCGGAGGUGUUAACUUUAGAAUGUGAUACAAUAUUUCAUGUUCUUCCGUAUGUCAUUGAUGAUAGACUCUUAUUAUUCACCCUAGUUUUGUGCAAUAUUUUUGCAAAUUUGUUUAAUUAUUGAUGGUGAGAGGUCUCUUUGUAAUAAUGUGUAGUGAACUUCCCCAAUUGAACUUGCUUUUUAACUUUGUAAUUCUUUUCAAGGACCUUUUAUGUAAUGUAAUCACGGUAUCCUGUCUACUAA